AUGUGUCAAUGUUGUUCUAUUCCUGAAGCACCAAUUCCCGCUGCACCAGUUCCUCAAUCAAAGACGGAAGAAUUGAGACUAGAGAAACUGAGGGAGUUGUAUCCUAAACCAUUUGUUGUUCACACCAGCCUGGUUUUCAAUCCAAUCAAUCUCAACUUCGAAAAGAAUUUAUCCUUUGAGAUCGAUCCUGCAAUAGGACUAAUUACAGGCGUCAUUGAAAGAACCGGUUUUGACGCGAGCGUAGGUGAAAAUGAUCUUGAUUUGAGAAAAAAAGUUGUUCUUCCAGGAUUUGUGGAUGCCCAUACUCACAUAUUUCUCCACUCUUAUGAUGAAGCAGAUAACGCUAAACAAAAAAGAGACGAAAGUUUUGUUGAAAGAGUGCUCAGAGCAACCAAUCAUUGCUCAAGUGCUUUACUUGCUGGUUAUACAACUUACCGGGAUCUGGGAUCUGAGGGGAUGCAGGAGGCAGACGCAAAUUUCAGAGACGCCAUCAACAGAGGAAUCAUUCCAGGUCCCCGAUUGUACGUGGCAACAAAAGUUCUAGCAUCAGUCACUGGAAUAAUGACACACACCGAAAACAGAAUUGGCGGUACUCGGAUUGCUGAGACUAGUGAAGCAUGCGACGGAGAAGUCGAGAUUCGGAAGGCCGUUAGAAGGAGAUUGGGAAUGGGGUGUGAUGUUGUGAAGUUCUUUGCAGACUAUAGAAAGAGGGUGAUGAGAUUUCCACCCGCUACACCACAUCCGUAUCUUUCGUCGGUCAUGUUCCCUCCAGAAAUUCCUAAUCCAGACGUUAUUCUUUACACUCAAGAGGAAAUGAACGUUCUCUGCGAAGAAGCAGCUAGUGCGGAUUGCCCUGUGGCAGCACAUUGUGCAACAAACAGAGCAGUUCAAAUGGCUUCGAAAGCUGGAGUACGUACAAUUGAACAUGCGUUUUGGUGUGAUCAAAAAACACUUGACAUAGUGAAAGAGAAUAAGACAAUUAUUGUUCCCACUUUGAGCAUUGCAGAAAGACUCUAUGGUGAAAAUUUUCCGUCUAUGCUUACAAAAACAUAUAACGCAUGGAAAAUGGGAAUAACACAAGCCUGUGGAGGUGAUACAGGGACGUUCAAUCACGGAGAAAAUAUUAGAGAGGCCGAGUUAUUCAGAGAGUCAGGAGUGCCAGUUGAGGACACCUUAAGGUGUUUAACAUUUAACGGCUGGCUUGCUUGCGGGGGUCAUAGUACGGGGAGAAAAUUUGGCUGGCUAGCCGAAGGUUGUGCGGCUGAUAUAGUUGCAGUCGAUGAAGACCCACGUCAAAAUUUUGGGACGCUAAGGAAAAUAUCAUUCGUGAUGAAAGAUGGAAAGCCAUAUAAAAUGGAUGGUAUCAAGCUAUUUUGA